AUGUCGAACCCUCCUCCUUCCUGCGUAGCCGACAAACACUUAACAAACGGAGCUGACGAGUAUAAGCUUGUCGUCAUCAAGGUUGGUACAUCUACUCUAAUGAAGCCCUGCCAGACCGUUGACAUGGCCAACAUGGGAGGUCUCGUCGAUCUCGUAGCGAGCAUUCAAAACCUCCCUCAUCAGAAUCACAGGGUGAUCAUUGUAACUUCAGCAGCAGUAGGGUUCGGGUGCCUCAAGCUGGACUUAUCUACUCGUCCAGCCUCGGACGAUCUGUCCCUCAAGCAAGCCGCCGCGGCUGUUGGGCAAUCGUAUCUCAUCAGACUAUACGAAGACUUCUUCAGCGUCCACAAUCUCCGCUGUGCGCAAAUGCUGCUUUCGAGACCCGACUUCGCAGCCAAGGAUCGUUAUAGAAAUUUUCGGAAUGCGAUUUUCCGCCUGCUAGAUCUGGGAGUUGUACCGAUCAUCAACGAGAACGAUUGUAUAUGUGUGGAUGAACUUCGCUUCGGGGAGAACGACACGUUGUCCGCACUCGUUGCGGUGAGCUGUGACGCCGACAAGCUGUUCCUCCUUACUGAUGUGGACUGCCUGUUCGAUAAAAACCCGCACGAGUUCCCCGAUGCUAAACCCAUAAGAGAGCUCAGUAGUAUCGAACUUGCUAAGCUGGAUGUUGAAGUUGGAGGAGAUAGUCAGUGGGGUAGUGAGCUAAUGCGCUUUUUCUGA